AUGGACUUGCAGUUGGAAUGGGAGAACGCAGCCUCGGCGGAGGAUAUACCGGAUGACCGAUCGCGUAAGAAACGACGAAAGUACAUUGCUCGAGCUUGCAACGAAUGCAAGCGCCGCAAAAUCAAGUGCAAUGGUCAAACACCGUGUCAUCGUUGCGGGAGGCAGCACAUCGACUGCGUUUACGUGGAAAACCCCCGCCGCGACAGCGUCGGCGAACAAGAGAAUUUUGAGCGACUCUUUGACCAAAUGAAGUUGAUGCAGGAUCAAAUCCUCUCACUGUCGGCGGCUGUGCGGUCAAUGGCGAAUAGCGACAGCUCGCCAGUAGGCCGGUCAAGUGUCGUCGGUCCAGCAGGCGGGUCGUACGGGAUGUUGCCAACGCAGCGGUCGCUACGACGAGUGUCCACGAGGGCGACGCCCUUUCAGGGCCCAACCACGUCGGCAUUUAGCUUUGAUCUGGCCAAAUCCAGCCUGCAGCAACGAGGGAUCGUUGAGCGCAAUGAAGCCGGUGACGAGGAUCUGACCCAGGAGCCAUCGCCACUCGCUUCACCGUCUGCUCCACAUCACGACUCGGAAGUCCGCCAAGCGGUUGAUCCGCUUUGGGCCCUUCCCAAAACCGAGGCUUUGCGCCUUUGUCAGGUAUACGAGGAGGAGAUGGGGAUCAUGUAUCCGGUGCUGGAGCUUCCAGAGCUUUUGGAUCAGGUCGAGUUUCUUUAUGGCAUGAUGGAUCAUUCAGUCAGCCCGGAGGCCCAAAUUCGACAGCGGAAUGCACUGGAUCGGGAAGAUGUAUACAUUCUUCGAUUAGUUUUUGCAUGUGCCUUGACGGCGGAAGCCAGCGGUCGCAGUGAGCAAGCCAUCGCAUUGUUCGACAGUGUUCGCGAAGUUCAGGACAACUGUGUUUGGGGACCACCCGAGAUCAAGAGCAUCAUUUUUCUCACACUGGUAUCGAUCUUUUAUUUUCAAAUGGACGAAGAGACACUUGCCUGGCGAACCAUCGGGAUCGUGGAGCGCAUGUGUUUGGAGAAAGGUCUUCAUCGACGCGAAACACUAAGUCAACCAGCUAUCGUGGCCGGAGACAAGGAGCGAAUUCUACGACUCUUCUGGUCAAUUUACGUACUUGACAUGCGCUGGAGUUUUGGAACGGGGAUGCCAUUCGCCCUGGAGGACUCGGACAUCGACCCCUGGUUGCCCGAGCCAGAGCAGAAAACCCCAUAUCUGCGGGUCAUGAUUCGCUACAGCCGAAUAGCAGCUAAGGUCUGGAAAUUCAUCUCAGCUUUCAACAACACAAAUGAAAUUAAAAAGGAUGAAAUGAACUAUUUGGAUUGGCAGGUGCUGCGCUGGGUACGUGACAUUCCCGAUGAAUUACGCCUGGAUCACAAUAGCACACCCGAGUAUGGUGACAGCGCAGAAGGUCCACGAAGCCUCCGGCGCCUUCGUGGGCUUCUGUAUCUACGCGCAAACCAGCUUCGUAUGCUCAUUUAUCGCCCCGUUCUGCAUACCGCCGGGCACAUUGCCCGGUAUCCGGCCGAGUCGGAGACGGUCGUCAGCCUCGCCAAGGACACGAUCCGCUUCAUCACCCGACUCAACGAGACCUCGGACAUCUAUCAACUCCAGCAGGUGGCCUUCAACUGGUUCCUGGUAUCUGCACUGGCAGUCCUGUUCCUUGCUGUGUCUCAGGCCCCGUCCCAGUUCAGUGGAUCGUGCAAGGAGGAAUUCUACUGGGCAUUGGAGCUAGUCAAGGGAUUCUCAACCAAGUCAUAUAUCUCUCGACGCCUCUGGAAAUCGAUCCGAAGUCUUCGCAAGCUUGGCCCCGAAUUGGGACUAGGAGUUCAGAAACUCCGGCCAGCCGUGGAGCCCUCAGAGCCGGGGCCCUCCCGCCCACAGGGAUCGCUUCUUCCCGCGACAGGUUCCAGCCAAACUCCAUUAGACGGAGCACAGAUGACACAAGAGCUAAUGGGAUGGUUCGAAGCAGUUGGGAACUUGGAAGAUCAGAUCAUGGGAAUCGGGAAAGAUAUGGGUCCGGUGCCGGAUGAAAUCCCCUGGCAACAACUGCCUAACGGAGGCUUUACGUUUGACUACGGAGGAGAAUUAUCAAGUGUGAUGAAGGACUGCUUCUAA